CGUUGUUUGUAUACUGAAACUCAUCUCCGGGGGGGAGGGUUUAGCGUCGCUCGCCCGUACCCAAGAAACCCGAUCGACAGGCAGCCUUUAGUGUUCAGGAUGAGUCGUACGAGGGAUGAGAAGGAGGAAUUGGUGAAGAAGGCCUUAUUUAGUUUCGUUAGGAAGCAGGUGCCCACUGCUCAAUUGAGCUUAAUAGACGACAUUGUGCUCAGUUAUGUAGUGAGUAUGGUGGAAGAGAGUGCAUUGGAGGAGGACUUGGACGUGGAUGGACUGUGCGAGAUGGUAUCUGCCUGCCUUCCCGAGUUCUCCACCAUCGAGAAAGAAGCUGUGUCGAAAUGGCUACUGGACGUGGAGAGUAAAUUGAAGCAGGAAAGUAAAGAAAAUGAGAAUUGCCAGGCGCACAGUGAUCCGUUGAACCAAAUCAGCUUGACCGCUCUGCUGCCAGCUGGUGCACAGAGAAUGCGGGUUCAUCAUCUCUCGGAAACGAGCGAUGCCGGCAGCGAUUCCAGCGGGGAAUACUUUUCGGAAGAAUCCUCCUGGCAUCAGGUGGCUCUGUUGCAAGAAAUGUUCCCGGCGGCGAGCCCCGCUGAAGCUAGGCACUGCUUAGCAGUAGCUGGGGGUGACAUAGGGAAAGCCGCGCAACUCGCGUUACAUCGCCAAGAAGCAGGUCAGAGUAUCGUGAGCAACCUCACGUUCCUAACGCCCAACGGUCGUACCAAAGCAAGGCUGAACGACGAAGAGUUGAAGUCUCGUAUCAUAGCGCGAUACAGUUACGUCGACAGGGACGACGAUUGCCGCGAGCAUCGUCCAGUCGCGCCGAAGACUGAGCCGAAGAAGCUGGUACGUUAUCUCGACAAUAAGAUCGUGAGUGUGAAGGGUGAACGAUAUACGGAGGUACGAAGGGGCGGCGAGGACGAGGACGGUAACGAAGGUGGUAGAAAGAGAGGCCAUUGCCGUCCGUAACCAGCCCCUUUGCCUCCACCCCCCGAUCCACCCCCUGGAGGCAUCUGAUUUUCGAUUGAAUCUUUAACUUAGAUCUUUUCCAUCUUACUUGUAUAGGAAUAUAGACAAAAUAUCGAAUUUAAACAGGCGUUGCAUCUUUCGGCGUUUAAUUUCCAUCUAAUGCAGCCUGCACAACUUUUCGAAUCUCUUUCACGUACUUUUAAUUUCCCAUUAUUCAUUCAUUACGCGACUACAGCAAGUUUUAUGUUAUUUGUUCAAGUUGAUUCACGACUGAUCCUUUAACGAAAUACCCAGUUAUUUUCGAGUUAUAUACUUUUCCGAUCGAGCGUGCAAUGGCCGUUAAGUAGAGAAAAGUAUUUGUAGCUGAAAUAUACGAAAUCGCAAACGCAUUAGUGCUGACGGUAUCGAGAAACGUUAGAAUCAAAGAUUUGCGAUGGGCAACUUAUGAUCUAGUUUAUAAUAUUAUAAUUAGUCAUUAAUAUUUGCGAUCUUAAAGCACUUCUGGGCUUUCGCGGUUGAAUAUAUUUUUUUUUAGGUAUUUAUCCGAUUCGCGUUAUUUUAAUUUUACAUCGUUAAGAACGAUUAUAAAACAGACACAUACUUGAUUUAGAUGACGAUAAUUUUUGAAUAUUGUUGUGUAAAAAGUGUUUGACUUCUAUAUGUUUUAUUAUUUAACUAAGCCGGCUAUUGUAAACUCGGCAUUUGACUUAAUAGCCAUUCCUUUUACUCUGAUAAUAAUCAUGUUAUUAUAUUUUCAAGUUUAUUUAUUUUAUAUACUUGUAAGAAUAGUCUUCAUGAUACGGGAUGAUCCACUGCAAACACAUCUAAAUGUUUCUAGAUUUGUGAAUAUACAGAAAAAGGAACAAACCAUUUUUAAAGCAAUUUUUUUUUUCAACUGAAACAAUAUUUUUCUCUUUUAUUUUUUUCACUGGUAUUCUAUUAUA